ACGCUACCGUCACCCUCACCCCACCCCCUCUCGUCAAGUCUCAAGAUGGUCUCCUCUUCCCGCCGCGUGUCGCGCAAGGCGCACUUCACCGCGCCCUCGCACCUGAAGCGCAAGAUCAUGAGCGCCAGCCUCACCAAGGAGCUGCGCGCCGAGCACGGCGUCCGCGCCCUGCCGAUCCGCCGCGACGACGAGGUGCUGAUUGUGCGUGGCAGCAGCAAGGGCCGCGAGGGCCGCGUGUCGCAGGUGUACCGCAAGAAGUGGGUCAUCCACGUCGAGCGUGUCUCGCGCGAGAAGAGCAACGGCGCCACCGUCAUGCUGCCCGUGCACCCGAGCAACUGCGUCAUCACCAAGGUCAAGCUUGAUGCCGACCGCAAGAAGAUCCUCGCCCGCAAGGUGCCGAAGGGCGACGUCGAGAUGAAGGAGGCCAAGGCCUAAUUCUAUCUUCUCUUCUGCCUGUCGUCCCCGCCUGUCUCGUUCGUCAUCUUCACCCCCACCAUCUUGCACAUGCCUCACGCCACACGCGCC